AGGGGGCGGGGCCCGCGUUUGAAAUGCCAUCCCGUGGUGCCCCGCGGCCGCCGCUGAUUGGCCGGGCCGGGCGCUGCGCGGUUCAAAGCGGCGGUGGCGCGCGCGGCUCAUCCUGUCCUGGCAGCGCCUCCGCUCCCAGUCCCGGCAUCGGCAUGGCUUCCUUCGGCUCCCAGGGCGGCGGCACCGCCAAGAAGGAGGAGAAGGGCAAGAACAUCCAGGUGGUGGUGCGGUGCAGGCCUUUUAAUGCCUCAGAACUUAAAGCAAGCUCCCAUCCUGUUGUAGACUGUGAUCAAGCAAGAAAGGAAGUUAGUGUCCGCACUGGAGGAGUGACAGAUAAGACAUCAAAGAAGACUUACACAUUUGAUAUGGUUUUUGGACCUCAGGCUAAGCAGAUUGAUGUAUACCGGAGUGUUGUGUGUCCCAUUUUGGAUGAAGUUAUUAUGGGCUACAACUGUACCGUGUUUGCCUAUGGCCAAACUGGUACUGGUAAGACCUUCACAAUGGAAGGGGAGCGGUCACCCAAUGAGGAAUAUACUUGGGAAGAGGACCCACUGGCUGGUAUAAUACCCCGCACACUGCAUCAAAUAUUUGAAAAACUCACAGAGAAUGGUACUGAAUUUUCAGUGAAAGUCUCUCUUUUGGAGAUCUAUAAUGAGGAGCUUUUUGAUCUUCUGAAUCCUACUCCUGAUGUUGGAGAAAGACUGCAGAUGUUUGAUGACCCUCGAAACAGGAGGGGUGUAAUUAUUAAAGGCUUGGAAGAAGUAACUGUACACAACAAAAAUCAAGUCUACCAAAUCCUGGAAAGGGGUGCAGCAAAGAGAACAACUGCAGCUACUUACAUGAAUGCAUAUUCCAGGUACAGAUCUUCCUCAUUUCAGAAACUGUGUUUUGUUCUUGUUAUGGAGGAAGAAGUGAAAAAGAUCACUGAACUAUUCACAGUUAGUAAAAAUGAACUUCAACAGUGUAAAGCACAUCUGCAAAUCAAGGAGAAAGAGCUAGAAGAAACACAAAAAGAUCUGCAAGAAACCAAGGUUCAUCUGGCUGAAGAAGAAUAUGUGGUUUCAGUUUUGGAAAACAAUGAACAAAAACUUCAUGGCACAGCUAGCAAGUUACUUAGUACAGUUGAAGAAACUACAAAAGAUGUAUCUGGGCUUCAUGCGAAACUGGACCGUAAGGAAGCUGUUGAACAGCACAAUGCUGUUGUCCAAAAUACAUUUGCUGUACAAAUGAAUGCUUUGUUCAACAAAAUACAGGAUUCACUUAGUGAAAACAGUUUGAAGCAGCAACAGAUGUUGACAUCUUACACAAAUUUUAUAGGUGACCUCUUAUCUACCAGUUCUUCCACAGCUGAUAUUCUUGCGUCGGUUAUGUCAGCAGCUUGUGCCUCUGUUAAAGAAUUGGUGUCUACAGAAAUUUCUCACGUGUCUGAGAAAAUAACACAGCAUGAGAAUCUAUCAUUGGAUUGUAAAGCUGAGCUGCUGAGAUUAAUUGAGAAACAUGAAACCGGUCUAGGAAGAGCGUUAAAUAGCUUGUCACCGGUGGUAGAAUUUGUUUUGGGGUUAAACUGUCGGUUUCAGAGUAACGUGAAGAAAUACUCUGCUGUGGCUGACCAGAUGGAGGACCAUAAAAGGGAAAUGGAUACCUUCUUUGGAGGUCUUUCUCUCACUCUGAAAAAAAUACGUGAAGAAGUGGACAGUGGAUUUGCUGAGCUUCAGCAUAAUUGUGAUAACUUAAAAGAAGAACUGGAAAUGACGAGGUUGGCACAUGCAAAGAGAACAGCCGAGUUCAUGUCCUCGCUGCAAAGCCAGCUUGACGUGUUUGCUCAGGAGACUCAGGAGAACUUAACUAAAGUCCUCAGGAGAAAUGGAAGCUUGAAGACCACCAUCACUGCUAUGCAAGAAAACGUUCACCUGAAAACUACAGACCUAGUCAGCAGUACAAAUUCCAAUCACGACAAAUGUACUGCAUCUCUGGAUAAUUUCUCUCAAGAGCUCAGGGGCAUAAAUGCUGAAAACAAGAUGAUGCUGGAAGAAUCCAGUGAGCACUGUCAACAUCUUCUCAACAAUCUCAAGGAUAUGUCUCAGGACACCAAAAACUGGUGUGAAUUUACAACUGCUCAGAUGGUCAGCUUUACUGAUCAGCAGCUAUUGUCCUUCAGUGAUGAGAAACAGCAGUUUCAGUGUUUACAAAAGAAAAGUGAAGAACACUGUGAUAAAACAAUAGCUGAAAUUGCUGACCGUAGUAGUAGACAAGUGGCUGCUGAGGGGAAGUUACUCAAUGGCUUUCUUGAUCAGAUAAAGGUGGAUAAAGAGAUACUUCUGGAGCAGAAGCUGGCACUUAGCAACGAAGUACAGCAUGGACUAACUCAGGUUAAUGGUUUCCUGCAAGAGGAUCUGAAAGUGGAUAUUCCAACAGGGACAACUCCACAGAGAAGAGACUACUCCUAUCCAGUCACACUCGUGAGAACAGAGCCACGGGAACUUCUGCUGGAGCAAUUAAGGCAAAAGCAAUGUAAGCUUGAUGCUCUGCUAAGCAGCAUGACAGAGGAGGUGGAGGAUAAUGCAGGUCAGGACCUGUUGGAAGAGGAGGGAGUGUUGCAAGAACCCAAUGAAAGCCUUGCUAGCGACAAAAGCUUAGUGGAUACAAAUGUAUACUGCCACACAAAUGGUGGCAUUCCUUUUUUCCAGCAGAGAAGUCGUCGCAAAAAGGGUAAAGAGAACAAAUCUGCAGUUACUGUGGAGAACAAAAUGGAGGACACAACAGAAGAGCUUCUUCAUGAAUCCAAACAUCCUUUAAGACUGCUGAACUAAGAGAUAUCUAUUGUAGAUCCCUGUUUUUAAAAAUUUCUAUCUCAUUGUCUUACUGAGCCAUAAUGUUCUUGGUUAUUCUUGGUCUCUCUUUGUUGUGAUGUAUUGAUGCAAAAUCGAAUCAAAAGAUUGGCCUGCUUGAUGUCGUGCCUUUGUCCCAUUUUUAUAUGCUGUGCUGGUAGCUUGCAAAGUAUUAAGGGAAAAAAACCCUGCAUUAUGGUGCUGUUAUGUUUAAAUAUACUUCUGUGUUGUUAAGUAAGAUAUCAUUUUCUGUUUCUCAGAUUUAAAACACCAGAAAGAGAUAUUGAAAUAUGCUUUGUCAGCGUUAUCAGCUACCAUUUUAUAGAUUAAUUACCUGUAAAUAAGGGUUCUAGUUUUGUACCUGCUUUUUAAUCCAGUUGCUCUCUUUUAAGUUUGAUACUUCAAAUAAAUUUUGAUAUAUGGAAAACAAA